AUGGAUUCUUUUUCUUCUUCUUCUUCUUCUUCUUCUUCGGCCUAUUCUUCUUCCUAUUCUUCGUCUUCGUCUAGGUAUUCGGAGUCCGAGUCUGAGUCGCUGUCCUCGACAUACUUCUACUCGCACUUUUCCCUCGCGGAUUCGUUUUGGAAUUCUCAUCCUCAUCCUCGUCCUCUUCCUCACUUCUCUACCACCGUCAAGGAGAAAGACAAAGAACAAGAACAAGAACAAGAACAAGAACAAGAACAAGAACAAGAACAAGAACAAGAACAAGAACAAGAAGCAGUCAAAUCCAUUUACCAACCUCCUUCAAUUCCAACCACUGAAGACACAAUGGCCGACUCUUCCUCCCCAGGCCCUACUUCCACUCCCACUACCAAUCCCUCAUCCACAACUACCCCAAAACCACCCUCCAAGCCCCCAUCCCCUACUCCCCGAACUCCAUCUGCUCCUGCAGCAGCAUCUACACCCACCUCAAUCCCCAAGCCUGCGUCUCCCACCUUAAUCCCUACUAACACACCCCUCCCCACCAGCAACACCCCAGGCGGCAACCGCCGCAACAACCGCCCCGAAGAAGAAGCCACCAGUGCCGCCAGCGCCAUCCUCCCCAACGAAGGCAUGAAGGCCCCCGGCGUGACGGCUAACCAGGAUGAGAAAUCCAACCUAAAGAUCAGCAUUCACUUGAACUUGCGGGCUAAGGUGAAGUUGGAUUUGGAUGCGCAGUUGUAUGGUGAUAUUGUUAUUGGGUUGUUGUAA